AUGGAUUUAUUGAGAGCACUAGAUGUGCUCUCUACAUCUAGUAAUUAUGAUGAUAGCAAUAACAACAAUUUUUCACCAACACAAGCAGCAGCAUCAAGUAGAGAAAAGAUUGAAGCAUGUAGAACGAUUGCAGAACAAAUUUGUUCACCAAGCAUUAGAAAUACAACAGAUUUUCCUCGGUUCUUAUCAGUUGCUAUAUCAUUACUAUUACGAGUUCAUGGUGACAAGGAUUUAAAUGUUUAUUCAGUUGCUGAAGAAUCUUUAAAUAGAACUAUUAAAGUAUUAAUUUAUACACAACAAAAUAGUGAAAGAAUCAUAUUUGAAUUAUUUAGAGUGAUUAAAGGACAAUCAAAGACGACACAAACAGGAGGAACAACUUCAAGUUUAUUGAUUAAUACACAAACAAAGAAACAAAAUGAUGCUUCAUCUGUUUUAUCAUCACCUGCACCAUCUGCAACUUCAACUUUUACUCCAACCCCUUCUUCUUCUUCUUCUUCUUCAUCAUCUCCUUCUACUUCUUCAACAUCAUUAUCAUCAUCAUCAAAUGUAUUAUCAACUGCAAGUGUUAUAUUAUCAAAACCAUUUCCAUUGAAAUCACAACGUAUUGCAUUGGUAAAGUUUGGUGAAGUUUGUCAUUUCAUCAGACCAAACAAAUGUAGAAAGUAUAUCACUUCGUUGGCAGCACCCAUCAAUCAUUUGUUGAGGUUGACCAAUGAUGAAUCACUCCAAGACACGAUAGCAGGAACGAUGGAACCCAUCUCACGUAUUCUGAUGCCUCAUCUCAAAGAGGGAGAGGUCAAAGAGUUUAUCGAAUAUUUUAUUCCAAACCUCUACCACUCUUCGGCAGCCGUUCGAAGAAGUGCAUCCUUUUCCAUCAUUUCCAUUGUCAGACAUUACCCAAAAUCACUCUAUCUAGGGUUGAUUGAUAUCUUGUCGGUCUAUCAAUCGCCAACUGCCACUGGUGAAAACAAUAGACUUUUGGGAAUACUAUUUACCUAUUUACAAAUGGUUAAAUUGGCCGAGGAGUGGACUGGGCAGGAUGUAAACUUGUUCACCUCGCGUGUACAAUACUUUUUACAAUUUAUUGGCAAACAUUCUCUUAGAAUGGCCAUGUCGAAUGAUCCCACCAACUAUGACCACAAUGUUGUUGGAGCUGGUUUGGAACUACUUCAACAAAUGUUAUCAAGUUUUGGUAAAUAUGAUUAUUGUUGGCCACUUGAUCUUUUACAACCUAUUCUAUCUCAAUUACAUUUAUUGGCUUCUUUUAAAAAAGUAGAAAAAAGUGAUCAAAGUAGUGAAUCAUCAACUCCUUCUUCUUCAUUUACACCAUUAAGAGUUGGUAUGAAAGCAGUAGUAAUUAGUAGUUUGGCACAAAUUGUAAAAUAUUUCCCAAAAUUAUUUUUUGAUGAAUUUUACAAGGAUCAACAACCCAUUCCAACAUCACAUCAAAAUUUGACCGUUUCAGAUAUUUCAUUUAAAUUAUUUAAUAUUUCUGAUCAAUCAAUUCCUACCAAUGAUAAAUCCUCCUCAUCUCCUACAACACUUGGAUCAUCAACUUCAACAUUGGUAUUGGAUAGUACACCAAAAGAAGAAUUUUUACAAUAUUUAAAUGAUAGUGAUCCAUUGUUGCGUGGUUCAACUGCAUUGUUGAUUGGUUGUCUUGUAAGGGGAUUCUUAAAAAUCGAUCAUAUCAAUUCAAAUGGUGACGGUAGUAGCAAGAAAAUAUUACUUCAAGAUUUCAUAUCCAUACCCUAUCUCAUGGCCUAUUUAUUAAGAUCUCUUUUGGAUCAAUCAUCGAUUACUGCAAAAUUGGCAUGUACUGGUAUUGGUGAAUGUUUGUCACCCAUUUCAAAGAGUAGUAGAUGUUCAGAAUGGGCAUUGGUAGCUCUUAGACAUUUACUUUGUGUCAGUAGUUCUACCUAUUGGCUUGUCAAAUUGGAAAUCCUAGAUACCCUCUCUCAUAUAGAUUAUGUAAUCAUUGAAUAUUUGGAACAAAAUAUUCAACAUAAAUCUCAUAUUUUAUCAAUUGCAAAUCAACAACAACAAUCACCUAUUAAUAAUAGUGGUGGUGGUGGUGGAAAUGGUGAUUCUGGUGGAGCAGUUUCAAUACCAAUUCAAACAAAAGUAUUGGGAUUUUUAAUUGAACAACUUGGUGACAAUGAUUAUAGAGUUCGAAAUAGUGCAGGAAAUUCUCUUGUAAAUAUCAUCCCAAAUUUAGUUUUUACUGCUCCUCUUGAACGUCAUUCAAUGAAAGCUUUAGCUUCAAAUAUUAGAAAAUCUUUUGAUGUUUUAAAUAAUGAUCAUUUUGUAACAAAUAAAAAUAAGAUACAAUCAAAUUUAUCACAUGUAAUUGGAUUGAUAAUAAAUCAAUUAUCAAAUCCACAUCCAGAAGAUAUGAUUAGAGGAUGUUAUCAUGCAUUAAAAUUGAUAGCAUCAAUCUAUUCAUUCCCGGUUGGUACUACGAAGCAAUGUCGUACACUUGGGUCAACAUUGGCAAAUCCAAUGUUGAUGUUUGUUGGAGAUAUAUUACCAUUGGCAUUGGAUCGAGUUGGUAUUAUUACAUGGAUGGCAACCGAUUUUGACCUACAUAUCGAUAUUAUUGAUACCAUUGGUUUCUUGGCAAGAGGUGCUGAAAGUGUAUUGGGUAGUUAUUGUCACAAUGUCCUACGUCAUCUUUGUCGUAUUGUCAAUAUAAUGUCAAACAUUUUACAAUUCAGACCUACUCCACCAUUAAAGGAAACCAAACCAAAUACCUUGUCAAAUAGUGGUAUUGUCAAUAGUCCAUCACUCAUUAAAACAUCUAGUACUCAUCCAGGUGCCUUUACUCAUAGUAUUCAUUAUAUAAAGAUUUACGCCAAACUACUUCAAGUUCGUACCAAUUCAAUGACCGUGUUAUCGGUUGGUCCAACUAGCUCAAACAACAAUAGUAAUAGUAAUAAUAAUCAACCAAACUCUGCUUCAUCUGAUGAUUCAGAUAAAUUCUCACAACUUAGGCAAUCAUGUUUGGACAGUUUGUCGGUGAUUAUCAAAUGUUCUGGUAAAUCGAUUGUACCAUUUGCAGAAGAGAUUACAGGUUAUUUGUUUUCACAUUUUGAACAAGAACCAUUGGCCACUUGUCGAUGUAUUACCGAGUUGUUUUUGGUAUCAUUCAAACCGACACCACUGAUUUCAAUGUCCAACAGUACCAUUAAUCCAAACCGUCUAUCCCGAGACUUGACCAAUAUAGGUAAACUCUAUGAACCUAGAUCGGUAGACGUUGACGCUGCAAGUACUACAGGAAAUCAACAUGACGAACUUUUUAGCAACAACAAGUCGAUAUUUGCCUCUUUUCUCUUGAUGGGAAAUAAUAACUUCAACAAUAUCCUCAAACAACACUAUGAACCAGUACAAUUGCCUGGAUUGGCUCAUUCUCUAAACUAUACCUAUUCAAAUCAAGAAGUGAAUAGAAUUCUUUUGGCAGAGGACAAGAAAUCACUCUAUCGUCAUUUCGAACCACUCUUUGCAUCGUUUAUGUUAGAGUAUAGAACUACCCAUCAAGUGGAACUAAAAAAAGAAAUCCUUUCCAUGUUUAGUAAAUUCUCUAGAUUUGGUUUGGAUCUAUCAAUGAUUGACAAGGAUCAACAAUUAUUACCAUUCAUUUUGGAUGAAAUCAAAGAAACAAAUUGUUUAUUAUCACAAUCUUCUCAACUUUUACCAUACAUGUUUGAUUUGUUUGGUAAUUUGGUUGUAAAUAGAAAAUUAUUUAAUGAUAUAAUUAAUAUUGAUGAUUUAAAAAAAAUUCUUCCCAUCCAAAUUAAUAAUCAACAACAAAAUAAUAAUAAUCAUAAUAUUUCUUCUUCUUCAAAUAUAAUAAUAAUAUUAAAAUCAAUACAAUCAUUUAUAAAAUAUUUAUUUGAUGUAAAUGAUAAAUAUGGAGAUCAAGAAUUUAGAGAUCAAAUAUUAAAAUUUAUAAUGGAACAUUUAUAUUUGGAAGAAGCAGUAGAUCUUUGUAUAACAUUGCUACAGACAAUCAAAUCAAAUAAUAAUAUUCAUUUAAAAUACUCUCAAACGAUUGCAAAUCGAGUAUUUAAUUGUUUGGCACUCUCUGAAACACCCUAUUUCAUCGUAGAAUCUAUCGAGAGUAUCAAAAGACUCUAUUCAUUGGUAGAUCAUUUACAUCCAAAUAGUGUAACUGCAACUCGUUGGUGUGAUGCACUCUUGUCUGCAUCUCCAUCAUUUGUUCAAUCACCACAAUCUCAUCUUAAAAAUGAUCCACUUCAACGUAGACGUGUACUCGGUAUCAAUGAAGAAUUGUUGGAAUACAAUGAAUUGCGUUGGUUACCACCAUUGCUUAUACUAUUACGUACAGGUGUAAAGAUUCCAGAGGAAACUAGAAUUUCAACUGCUCGUCAAUCACUCUAUCUAUCACAUCAUGACAACAAACAAGUACCUUCACCAUCUGCCAAUAUCAUCUCUUUGGUAUUAUUUAAAUUGAUUCGAAAUGCUGUUAAUAUUUAUAGUCAAAAGAAACCAAAUCACAAAUUACCAAGUCUCCUUAUCAAUCAUUUACUUUAUUUUGCUGGUUUAUUUUUUAAUAAGAAUUUAAUUCCAACUAUUAGUCAACAAAAUAAUAGUAAUAAUAAUUCUUCAACUUCACCAAUACUUGGAUCUCAAACAAAUUCAUUAUUAUCAUUUAUUGGUAGAUCAAAUUCAAAUAAUAAUUUACUAUCUACUUCAUUAUUCCUUUCAAGUAUAAGAUCAUGUAUAGAAUGGAAUUAUUUUGAAGAGAUUGGUAAAAAUCUUAUUACAUGUAGUGAACCAAGCACAGCAUUGCAUGGAGUACGUUUUCUAAUGUUGUUGGCACCAUCGAAAAUGGUAGAUGCAUGGUUUGACUAUUCCUAUAGUUCCAAUUGGACAAAAUGUGAUUGUGAACACUUUUUGACACAUCAUGUCAUCUUUUUGAUGUAUUGUCAAUUUGCCAUCGUUCACAAACUGCCCAUUCAUCUAAGCAACUCUUCAUUUAUGGACAAGAUUGUUUUAUUAAUCAAUGAAGGAACAACGAGAAAGUUGAUUGAUACUGUUAGAAAUGUUGGUAACAAUAUGGAUCUACUCACCAAACAUUUGAAAAUGAUCUUUUCAAAUACCAAUCCAAAUUCACUAGACCUAAGAAAAAAACAAAAACUUCUUCGUCUACUCUCUUAUCUACCAGCAAAUAGAGAAUCUAUCGAAUUACUCAUCACCAAUUUCCUCCAAACUGAUGAUAUUUCACUUCAAAUUGCUGCAGAAAGAAUAUUAAAUCUUCAUCUAAAUACUCUUAUCGAUACCUAUGGAGCAACAGAUUCAAAGGUAAUCAUUGAAAAUCUUUAUGAAAUUUUCAUGUCCAACUUUUACAAAUCAACUACCAAUCUUUCAACUCAAUCACUUUUUAUUAAAUUGAUUAAAAAUCUUUCACUUGGAAUCGUUGAAAAACAAGGUGGUCAAAUCAUCAAAAAUCAACAAGAAUUGGAUAAUCUAGAAUUAUUAAAUUUAAUAAUUAAAAACAAAGAAAUCAAAGAUAAUAACAAAGAUAACAAAGAUAACAAAGAUAAAAAAGAUAAUAAUAAUAGUUUGGAAUCUAUAAAUUAUGAAAAAUUUAUAGAUAUUAUAAAAAGACAAUAUUACAAGGAUAGUCAUCAUGCAUUUAAUCAAUUAUCAAUUUUAUCACAAAUUGAUAGAAAUGCAAUGAAACAAUUACUAUUAUCAAGCCAUUUGGAUAUUACGUUAUUGCCAACAUUUAUAACAAGUCCAUUGUCUGCAGAUUAUCAACAAGAAUUAUUGGAUCAUACAAUCAAAAGAAUCGAUAAACUACUAUCUAGUCAAUUGUCAGAUUUGGUCAAUGAUCCACUAAAGAGUGGACCACCAUUGCUUACAGAUUCACUUUGGGAAGAGUUGAAUGAACUUUUACGUACUGUCGCAACCUAUAUCAAUCGAUUUGGUUCAUUGGUUGGAGUAGAUGAUCAAAAACUGCUAAGACUAGCAAUUUGGUCAUUUGUUGAAGGAUUUAGAAGAUGGAGAGCUCAAGUAAUCAAUCCAUACGACUUUAAGAUCAUUUUGGAAUUGACUCGUAGUAUUAUCUUGUCAAGUCAAGCAUCCAUUCUAACCAUUACCGAUGACUUUUCUUGGUGCUCUUUAUUACUAUGUCUCUACAAAUUCUAUUGCCUAGUGAUUCGUCCUCACUUUGGUUUUAUUCAAGGUCAAAGAGAAUUGGAAGAAAACUAUAGUCAAGAUCCAACUCAAAUAUCAUUGACUCAAAGUAAUGAAAUGGUCAAAUUCUUGGUCUCUCUAUUGAAUAGUUCACAUCUUUGUAAACCAACUUCUGGUUCUCAUAUUGGUCAAUUUAUCUUUGACUCUUUUAUGAGAACUCUUAUCCCUCUUGCUGAAAAGGCUGUAGAUUUUAUUUAUCCUACUGUUGAAAUUGAAAUGGAAAAUGAAAAAGAAAUAGAAACGGAAAGAGAAACGGAAAGGGAAACAGAACAUUUAUCUUCCUAUUCUCAAUAUGAUGAAUUUGGAGGAGGAAUUAUACCAAAUUGUCCAUUAUUUUCAAAUAAUCAAUUUUCACCAGAAUAUAAUCUAAGAGCAUUUGUUAGAUAUGUAGAUUAUGUUGGUUUGGACAGCAGUGCAGAGAGAUUUGAUCAAAUUUGGCAAAUUUUGGAACCAAUAUUCAUGGCACCACUUGGAGAUGCCGAUGUUGGAUACGAUGAAAUCACAGAAGAAUCAAAAUGUGUCGCAUUGCAUGGUAUCACCAAUAUGAUUAUAAAGGCUUGUUUUGAAAUUAAAGUUGGUAAUGAACAAAUCAAUUUGUUGGAAACGGUCUCUUUUAACGAUCAACAUACAAAACGUCAAUUUUUACAUACACCACGUGAAAAGGAUUUACCUUUUCUUGGUACAAAUAGUGGUAGAAAGGCUAGUCGUUUAGAAUCUAUUAUUUAUUCAUCAUUGCCUCAAUCAGAGUUGCCACUUGAAAGAAUGGGAGAAUGUUUAGAUAUACCAACCAAAACCAAUGCAUCACAUACAUCAUCGGCAGUUCCCAUUUCACCGUAUCAUUUCAAUAUUGAACGUGGAUGGAAUAGUUUGAAUCGAUUCACUAGUGGACAAUUAUCAUUGGCAGAUCUCAAACAAUUCAAAUCACCCUAUCAUUUGGGAAUCAAUUUCACUCCCAUCAUUGAAAAGUUGCUCCAAACGUUUGAAGCCUUUCUCAUCAAUUCAAUGUGUCCACCCAUGCUUAGAAAAGAAAUUAUCAACACUACAGUACUAUUGUCUGAUCUUUUCAAUCGUGAACAAAUUCUUUGGAUGUAUCGUAUCUUUUGUACAAUGUAUCAUAAUACUACGCUCGUCGAUGAUAAUGAUGACUUUUUACUUAAACAACAUUUGGUACUUGGUAUUUGCAAAUCAAUUGCCAUUAUUUAUCCAAAUGAUUUGACUUCACCACUUUCACCUUAUGCUACAUUGCCACCUAAAGAUUCUGGUCAAGAUACACAUGCAAAUACAAUCUUUGACAUUUUAUCUAGUGCCUUGGAACACAAGAACCUAUCACUUCAACAAAGUGCACUAGACUCUAUAUUAUAUCUACUUGAAGGCAAGGUUAAUCGUUAUAUUCAUGGACCUCUGAUUCAAUUUUUAUUCCGAUGGAUUCCAAGUCGUCUAACAAUGCAACCACUUCCACCAGUUGGUCUCAUUCUACGAGUUCUUGCCGUCAUGUUUAUUAUUAUCGAACAGUAUAGUAGAGAGGCAGAGGAAAAUAGCUUUACCAAAAAGGCAGUCUAUAUUUGUACGUCACUAGGACAAAUGCCAUCCACACCACUUCCCAUAGUCUAUGGAAUCUUUAGAGGUUUUGAUCGACUAUUGGUUUCCUUUUCCCUAUCUCAUUCUCAACGAGAAUACAUAUCACAAUUUGCUCUCAAAUCUCUACCACUGGAUAAUCCCAUUCGAUCACUAUUGGGACUUGGUCUCAUGGUCACUUGCAUGUACACGGGCGACGAAACCAGUGGUAAUGCAAUGACCCCCUCCAUCAAUACCAACUCUAAAAAUUCAAUGAUGUCAUCUCCUCCUACCACUCCAACCACCUAUACUCCUUCAGAAUCCCCUCUAUCAUUUUCAAACAAUGAUUUAUUUAAUAAUGGUGCUGCUGGUAUGGAUGAUGAUGAAACUUUACAAUAUUCUCAAAUUAAUAAUAUGGAAAAAGUUAAAAUGCUUUUUGAUAAAGUUAAAAAUGUUUCUCAUUAUACUUUUGAAUCUUUUAUACUUUCAGAAGUAAUACCAACAAUAAUAGUUGAUAUUUAUCCAUCGGUGGAUCAAAUAUUAUCAUUUAUAUUGGGAGAAUUUUUAAAACAAAGUAAAUCAAAUCCAAAAUUGAUGUGUCAAAUUGUUAGUAAUGUUUUUAAACUAUUGGUUGAAAAGGAAGCAUCAAAUAGACAAUUGAUUUAUUAUUGGAUCACUAUUUGUUUACAAAACUUUUUCCAAAUUCAAAAUCAAGUUCAUUGUAAAUGGGCUCUUACAGUUUUAUUCCUUUGUUCUUCUCCUUUAAAAUCUUUACAAUUAUUAUCAAUUGAAUUAUCAUCAAAAAUUCAAAGUUAUGAUCAAUUAUUUAUUAUAGCAGCAAGUGAAUUUUAUAGUUCAAAAUAUCUUUCACCAGAUAUAAAGAAAUUAUUUAUAGAUUCAUUUUCAAAAUUAAAGACUGAACCUUUUGUAUCUUUAUUAUCAACUUUAACAAAAUAA